AUGGCGUCUUCCGGGGCAUAUUCCGCCGAAACCAUGCCGGUCAACGCUACACCAGCACUGAGGACACCCUCAGAGAAAACGGAUAUACCGGGGUCGGAACAGGGUGUCCAAAGCCAAGCCGAAAUAAUCGAAGUCUAUCCCAGCGGCCCGGCCCUUACGGCGAUCUCGAUUGGUCUAUUUCUUGCUAUUCUCUGCUUUGGCCUAGACCGCUCAAUCUUGGCAACUGCCAUUCCUGAAAUCACUUCAGAGUUCAAUUCGCUGUCCGACGUAGCGUGGUACGGGUCUGCCUACCUCUUCACACAAUGUUCCUUCCAACUUCUCUUCGGAAAGCUCUAUGCCGAGUACAGCAUCAAGUGGAUCUUCCUGAUCGGGCUGGCCAUCUUCGAGGUGGGGUCAGUGGUGUGUGCCGCGGCCCCGAACUCCGUCGUUCUCAUCGUCGGACGAGCGGUUGCCGGAGUGGGUGCGGCCGGCCUGAUGACCGGGGCUUUAAUUAUCAUCACCAAGAGUGUACCGCUUCAUAAGCGGCCCACUUUCACCGCCGCGAUUGGUGCCGCUGCCGGAGUCUCUCAGGUCAUCGCACCGACCCUCGGCGGCGUCUUCGUUGACAAGGCUACCUGGAGAUGGUGCUUUUGGAUUAAUAUUCCCUUGGGAGGUGUAACUUUCGCUGUGAUUCUCCUCUUUCUGAGGCUUUCCGAACAGGCAAAGGAGGAACCAAGAGGCUUCAAAGAGUUCAUGGACAACUUCGACCUUGUCGGAACACUGCUCCUCAUUCCAUGGGUCAUCUGUCUUCUACUGGCUCUACAGUGGGGCGGAACCGAGUACGCCUGGAGCAACUGGCGCAUCAUCCUUUGCUGGUGCAUCUUCGCACUCUGUUUUCUUUUGUGGGGCUUCGUCCAAUAUCGCGAGGGCGACAAGGCAACGGUUCCUCUUCGCAUCAUAUCUCAGCGAACCAUGAUCGCCUCAUGUUGGACAAUCUUACUCUUGUUCUCUCUGCUCUUUAUCGAUGUCUACUACAUCCCGAUCUGGUUGCAGGCGGUCAAGAACCACUCAGCCUACAAGAGUGGCAUCGACCUGCUCGCAUCAUCAGCCUCGAUGUCCGUUGCGACAAUCGUGUCCGGGAUCUUGACGAGUCAAAUUGGCUACUACGUGCCGCAAAUCAUCGCGUCAUCUGUCAUUUCCUCCGUGGCUGGUGGGUUGAUCUAUUCGUUUACCGUCGACACUGACACGGCGUUCUGGGCUGCUUCACUCGUCCUAAUGGGUUUGGGGGUGGGUCUGGGAGGGCAGCAGUGCAUCAUUGCCGCGCAAACCGUGUUCAAGGGGCGCGACAUCGCCCUCGCUACUUCGGUCUUGGUAUUCCUACAGAGCCUGGGUGGUACUGUGUUUCUAGCCGUUGCGCAAAACAUCUUCAGCUCGCGACUCGUCGCCGAGCUCCGUCGAAACGUCCCCAACGUAAAUCCGGCCGUGGUCAUCAACGCCGGAGCAUCGGGGCUGGUGGACUCUAUGCGCAAGACCUACCCCGAUUCGGUGGACGGCAUCAUCGAGUCGUACAACAAGGCACUGCAAAACGUGUUUCUCAUUGCGACCGUUCUCGGAUGUUUAACGGUCCUCGGAAUUGGGCUUUUCGAGUGGAAGAGCGUCAAAGAGAACAAGCCGAAGACGGAUGUAAAAAGCCAAACAGACGGAGAUACGGAGAAAUAA